AUGAAUCUUAGAUCACGCGCAACAAAACGCCAUUCCCCAGUUUUGCAGGAGGUACUUGACUUUUAUCCUAUUAAGACGAAUAAGUUUGGUAGACAAAAGAAACAAAAACAAGUAAAUAUUGUAUAUCAACCUGUUCAAGCUCAGCAAAAACGAAGGAAACAUGUUUAUAUAAGUCGUGGAGAUGUUGGCGAAGUCUUUUUUGAUGAAUGGGAAGACAUUGUCCUUGGACCAAAAGUACAGCUGCUGCAGACCGUAGGAGUAGAUUUUGAAUCUUUGCCUCAGAAUGCUUACGAAUUCGUUAAAAUUAAACCAACCGACUUUGAAUUAUUGCAAGAAGAUGUAGGAAAAACAUAUCUUCCACACUCACAGAAUCCAACUUCCGUUAUAAUAGGAAAUUCUUCUCCAAUUCAAAUUCAUCAGUUUGAAACACACCCAAUUCAUAGCGAGCUUCCGAAGAAAUUAGGUCAUAUAUUAAACGUCGGUAAAUCAGUUUGGGCAAUGGAUUGGUGCCCAAAUGUAUUAUCUGAAAGAGAACAAUAUCUAGCUAUAGGUGGGUACAAAUCCACUACGGAUGAGCACCACACUAUCGGACAACGACAAAAAGAUGAUAUGAACAAUUCAAUACAGAUUUGGAAAAUCGAUUCUAGUUUAAAUAUUUCUGAUGCUAAGUCACCGCAUUUGGAUAUGGUUUUGUGCCAUAAUUUUGGAUGUGCCUUUGAUUUACAAUGGUGUCCUUACGGAGCUCAUGAUAAAUUUGAGGGAAUUCAGCAGCAGGAUAGCUUUAUUCCGAAAUUAGGGAUUAUUGCAAUUUCUUUUGGUAAUGGUAGUAUUGGAAUAUACGCUGUACCGGAACCUAAUAGCAUAAGAAAGAAAUAUUGUUUAUCUCCAAACAAGACAUUAUUUGUAAAACUUACGAACGCGUUAUAUACGUUUUCGUUACCAAACGUUAUGUGUUGGACAGUAAGUUGGGGCGGUCAUAGAAAGAUUGCAUCUGGAUGCACAAAUGGUGAUAUUGUUAUAUGGAACAUUGAAGAAAUUUUAAUAGAAAAAAUUUCUCAUGGGGAGAUUAAAAAUUCAGAAGUUACUUCCCCGAUACAAUAUUUUCGUGCGCAUGAUUCUUGCGUUCGUCAAGUAUCGUGGAAUUCGAUGCAAAAUCCUAGUCACAUUAUGAGCUGUGGACAUGAUGGUCGACUACAGAUUGUAGAUGAUCGUGAUCCGUGGGUCAAAAAUAAUUUUCAGCGAAUUAGAGCAUAUUUAAUGACAGCAUGUUGGCCAAACCACUAUGGCGGUGUCUUAUUUGCUGAUACAGAAAACACAGUAAGAUAUAUCCGAAUGGAAGAUUUAAAAAAGACUACUGGAGUUAUGAUGCAUCACGCUAUAGUUUGGAGGAUUGCGGCAUCGUAUUUUCAUCCAUUUGUCGCAAGUUGUUCAUCGGAUGGGACGGUAAAAAUGACAAAUAUUUGUCGCUUAAGAGACAGGCACCAGAAACCAAUUCAAGUGACAUUAUACCGGCUCAGUAUCGAAGAAGAUAUGAAAACUGUCAAAUAUUGGGAUAAUAUCAAGUCUAAGGAAACGACGACCACAUUUAUGGACAAUAAAGCAUUUAGUCACUUUUUCAUGCCUGAAGUUUCUAUUCAACGAGUUUCAUGGAAUCCGAAUAUCGAAGCAGGAUCAUGGAUUGCGUCGGGAGGUACAUUAGGGCUAGUGAGAGUUGAAUCUACAAAACGGGACUAA